CGUCCAUCACCCUUUUUCCUGGACCAUGCAACUCGAGCUCCAAAACUCCAAUUGAUGCGAAAGCGACCAUGAUGAUAAAUUUGAUUACACCAAUUGAUUAAAUUUCUUUUUCUUUUCUUCAAUCAACACCAAAAUGUCAGCCUCUCUCCCCCACCGAAGCGUCGCCAACAUCCGAGGGGCUGCUCCCACAUCCUCCUCCCGCAGUGGCAGCAGUCACCGUGAGCGAGAGAGCUCCAGCCACCGAGACCGCGGAGACCGUGAUCGUGAAAGAGGCGACCGUGACUACUCCGGCACAUCAACGCCCGCGCGUCCAAUUCCUACUUUCAACACGCCAUCCAGCCUUCGAGCAGAGGAGGAGCUCAUUGUUGUCGACUUUGGCACGCGGAAGAUCCAGGUAGGCUUUGCCGGGGACUCGGCGCCUAGGGGCAUCGUUUGGUUUGGUCCGGAACAGCAGCGGAGGAUUGGUGAUUUCAGGGACUGGCAGACGGAUUAUCACCAGGAUUGGAGGUCCAAAGCUGCGGGAGGUAAUUGGGGAAGGGAUUAUGAGCUUUGGAGGCCGGAUGUGAGGGGCCUGGAGCUGGGGCAGGUUGGCGAUAAGGUUGAGAAGGCCGUGAGGGAGGCUUACACGAAAUACAUGCUCAUCGACUCUCGUCCACGAAGGAUGGUAUGUGUUGUACCGACAGGUCUUCCCAUCCCUCUUCUAUCAGCUGCUUUGGACAGCCUCUUUCACCGCUUCCAACCACCAACAGUCUCGCUGCUAUCAUCGCCAGUUGCUGUGGCCGUCGCUGCCGGUGUACGCUCCGCGCUUGUCGUCGAUCUCGGCUGGAACGAGACGAUAGUCACAAGCGUCUAUGAGUACCGCGAAGUGGCAACUAAGAGAACAGUCAGAGGAGGAAGGAGGUUGACGGAGGAGACUCACCGUUUCCUUGCCAAAGAACUUGGUCAUGUCCAACGAGACAACAGAGACGACAAGCAAGAAUAUGUUUUGUCCUUUGAAGAGUGUCACGACAUUGCGAACCGGCUGGUCUGGUGCAAGCCCUUCAAGGCAGAGAAGACACCCAAAUCCUUACCUCCACAACCGGCAACACCAGAAGGGGAAGGGCUGGCCACUGUUGAAGAAAGUGAUGAGGACAAACCCACCAUCACCAUCACCACCACUACCACAACCACUGCCGGCGAGAAACCACUACCUCCGCCACCCAAAGUCACCACCAUCCCGCUCCGCUCCGGCCGAUCCCCAACUUCUGUCGAGGUAACCUUUGACCAACUCUCCGAACCCUGCGAAAACACCUUUUUCGACUCGCAAUACUCUCUCUCCAGCUUCGACGACCACGAGAUACCUGUGCACUUACUCGUCUACCGCGCCCUUCUCCAGCUUCCUCUCGACGUCCGAGCGCUCUGCAUGUCCCGAAUCAUCUUUUCUGGCGGGGGCACCACGGUCUUGGGUCUACGCAAGCGUAUUUUCGACGAAGUGUGCCACAUUGUUCAGGAGAGGGGGUGGGACCCCGUCUACGGAAAAGCCAAGGAACAACUACGGACGAACCCGAAACUCAAGAAGAGGCACGGCAGGCACCAGACAACAAACAACAGCAACAGCAGCAGUAACAACAACAACAACAGCAACAACACUUUGACCACGCCCGGGGGUGUGUCCCCACCUACUGCUGCUAGUGGAGCCGCAGGAGAAGGAGGAACAGCAGCACCAGCAAGCGGACAAGAAGAAGACGGCAUCUGGCAUGACGCGGCCAACUCGGUCCCGGAAUUCGAUCCGAUCGAGGCACAACUUGCUCGUACUAACCCCGCCUCGAACGGCCGCAAACCCCUCCAAGGCCAGCUUCGAGCGAUCGAGUCCCUCGGUCCCUGGGCAGGCGGCAGUCUAACCACGCACCUGAAGGUUUCUACGGUGUCUACAAUCGACAAAGACCAGUGGACCCAGCACGGCGUCACCGGGGCAACGGUUAGGCAAGCAGAUGUGGAGGCCAAGACGCAGCAAAGACUAAGCUGGAACGCGAUGAACAGAGGUGGGAGGGAAGGGAAGGAGCCGUGGACUUUGGGCGUCUGGGGGGCUGCUUGAGCUUGAGGUUCAUUCACCGCCUGCCUUUCCUGGCUGGUGACGUCGACAAGGUACUUGGGUAUCUAUGAAGGAGGGAGGUACUCAUUUACCUGGGCAGGUACGGAGAGGACGGACGAACUGCAAAAAGGAAGGCGGUGAGAGAGAGUGACCGAGCGUUUUCAACAGAAGGGAACCUUGACGGCCCUUAGUCUGAGCAGGUUUAGUUGUUUGCUUCCCCUGGGUGGAGAGGGAGGAUGAGCUAGGGGAUGAGAUGGAAGAAAAGGAAAUUAUCACUCA